AAUGAUCGCAGUUGAUUUGUGCUCAGUGAAAAUUUUUCAAUUUUUCCCAGUGUUUUAGGAAGAAAUGGAAGCUUCCGGUAGUACAGUAAAUGAUAUUGUGUGGGAAUUUUUCGGAGAAUCAGUUUGGGAUAGCCUCUGCAAGGAUAAUGGAGCAAAACUAAAAAGCUACAGAGGAAUUUUCUUCUACAUCCGCGAAUUGGACUUUGCAACGGAAUUUGGUGUCCUUCCGGGGUAUUUAACGGAAAUCUGUGGGGUGGCGUUUUCCGGUAGAACGCAACUAUGUGUAAAAUUGUGCAUAAAUGUCUGCAUUCCUGCUGCCCUGCAUGGGUUAGAUGGGGAAUCUCUGUACAUUGAUAGUAGACAGAAGUUUCAUCCCAGGAUGAUUGAGCACCUUGUUGCAUCCACUAAUACGGUGAUGAAGAAGCAAUUUGUGAGGAUUAAUUUCAAAUUAACGGCUGAAGAGGUGCGCAGGAGGAUGCAUUAUAUGGAUAUUAUCAGUGAGAAGGAAUUCCUGACCAUGCUGGGAACUCUGAAGGAUUACCUGAAACAGCAUCCGAGGAUUCGUCUUGUUGUCAUUGAUUCCUUGAUUGCAUUCUUCCACAACUACGCAGGACGCAGCAUUCAACGGGUUAAGCACCUCCUUGAGAUCCUCUUUCGCCUUGACGCCAUUGCAGCGGAAUGUGAUGUGGCAAUGGUAAUUGUCAAUGAUAUGACCACAAAGAUUGCACCCGAUGGACGAUCAUCGAAGGUCAUACCAGCCCUCGGGACGUACUUUGCCAAUAAAAUUCCCUUCAUCCUCCAACUCUCUCCAACAUUGAAUGGAAAAUAUAUGGCAUUGCUGCAGAAAAACUAUAAAAAUUCCGGGAAGAGCAUUUGCUAUGAUUUUUGCCGCCCAAAUGAGAAUUGAAAGGGAACUAAUUUAAUUAUUGGAAUAUUCUGUGACAAAUUGAAUUUAUUUAUGAAUUAAAAAACUUUGAGAAUAAAGAAAAUUUUCAUUCGAAAAAAA